CAUUUACUGAGCGAAUAUUUGACCUUUACGGCAGACAAUUUAGGUACCGGUAGAGUGUCGGUUUGUAGCAACGAAGUAUACCUGGCCACACGUCACGCAUCGAAAUCUAUGGCCAAAAAUGAAGCGCAACGACCCUCAGGGAUCCAUCAACAGGAGAAGAUCGUAGCAUACCUACACCCGAGGCUCAUACAUAGGAGCCCAACGCCAUGGGCGAGUCCCCGUGCCGUGUGAGGCACACGCGGCGGGUAUUCCCGACCAGAGCCGCAGACCAGCCAACGACCACCAAACUGUCCAUCCUCGAUGCCUCCGUCGCGCGCUUCGCGACCUGCGGCGCGAUCUGGCUGUACGACGCGGCGCCGGGGGCCGACGCGCGCGACCCGGCCGUGUUCUCACGGCUCGAGGAGGCGCUACGGCAGACCCUCGACGACUACCCCCACUACGCGGGGCAGCUCCGGUGGGCGACCGCGGAGCUGGCCGCCGGCGACGCGAACCCACGGCACGUAGGCCGGCCCGUUGUCGUGUACGGCGCGGCCGGGGACCCCGGCGUCGAGCUGGUGCUCGCGGAACACGCCCGAGAGCUGAGCGCCGUCGCGCCGAGCCGGGCGGAGCGUCUCGCGGCGAAGCAGAUCUGGCGCGCGACGGACUUCCCCCAGGAGGACCUGCUGCCCGCGACGAAGCUCGCUUUCGCCGACCUGGCAGAGUACGAAGGGCGGCCGGGCGUCGCCGUCCAAUUGACGGUGUUCAAGUGCGGCGGGUUUGCGGUGAGCAUCAACCUCGCCCACUGUUUGUCCGACGCGGUGUGCCUCAUGCACUUCGCCCAUUCCUGGGCGGCGCGGUCACGACUCCUUUUCGCGGAACACCAACCCCCUUCGCCUCGGCUCGACGAAGGCGUCGGCUUACCGUCCCUCUUCGAUCCUUCGCAGCUCGACCAGCACGCCAAUCUGACAGCGCCGGCGGCUGUGCCCGAUCCGGAGAAAGUCGCUAAAGCUAGGGCCUUGCCUAUGCAUCGGUACGACUGGUGGGCCGAAGACGCGCCCGGAUAUCCUAGCUGGGCGGCGGCAACAACAGCGGCGACGAAGCCCCCGGCCGACGAGCUGGCCCGCCAGGAGCUCACCCCGUCGACCUUCCCGCCGUGGCCGACGUGGGACAUGGGUGCCCCCGUGGAACACGUUCAAAUCCGGUUCACGGCGGCAGCGAUCGCGAGCAUGAAGCGGGCCGCCGAAGCGAGUCUUCCAGAGCCCCUGGCCGCGGAGCCCAUCUCGCGCCUCGACGCCGUACUCGCGCACGUAUGGAUCCUGAUCAACCGGGCGCGACAACUCGCAGACGUCGGGGAGGCCGUGUACCUGGACGUGACGCUGGGGCUACGCGGGCGCGUCGCGCCGGCGCUGCCGGCGUCCUUCGUCGGGUCGCCGAUCCUGCUAGCGUACGUGGCCGAGACGGGGGCGGCGGUGUGCGCGGCGACGCUGGGCGCCGUCGCGGGGCGCAUCCGAGCGACGACCGCGCUGUUCACGCCCGCGGCGGUCGCUGCGCAUCUCCACGACGCGGCGCACGAGGCCAGCCCGCAGCGCCUGUGGCAGGCGUUCCUCGGCUCGCGGCACACGCUGGUCACGUCGUGGGUGCGCGCGCGCGCGUACGAGGUCGACUUCGUUGGCGGCGGUGUCGGGGACCCGCAGCGGCGCCUGGCUAGGUACGUUCAGGGCGUCAUGCCGCGCAUGGACGGCCUCGUUCAGGUCAUGGACGUCGCGGACACGGGGGACUUUGACGUCAGCGUGUGUCUGCAGCGGGAGACGAUGCGCCGGCUAAUUCGAGACCCGGUGCUCACGGCUUACGGGGUGUUGACGAUGGACAAGAGGAUAAACGACUGGUAGGCGGGAAACACUUAGUAGAUCAAACAGCUGAAAAUAUCGCCCUCUAACCUAGGCGAAUCGUUAUAACUUCGUAAUCGAUCCCUAAGGAUAAAGGGAAGUUAGUUAGAUUCUCUGAUCCUGUGGUAAAACGGGAGGCAGAACCUAUCAAAAUGAGCAGCGUCCCCGAAUAUACCUUUCAACCCUACUAGACCGUCC